AUGAGCCACACAAACCCGCCGACGGGCACGUCAGGGCCGGCGUCGGGCUCAGCGAUGCGCACACAUGCUCUUAAGCGGAGUGUCCAGCAGGCCUUUGAAGACACCGUCGACCGCAAUGUGGGCUACGUCGGCUACCAGAGCAAGGUGCGGGUGACGGACAAGUACCGCGUGAUCGGCUUCAUUAGUAGCGGCACAUACGGCCGCGUGUACAAAGCCGUCAGCCGCCAAGGGAUGCCGGGCGAGUUUGCCAUCAAGAAGUUCAAGCCCGACAAGGAGGGCGAGCAGGUCACGUACACGGGCAUCAGCCAGUCGGCGAUCCGCGAGAUGGCGCUGUGCAGCGAGCUGUCGCACUACAACGUGAUCCGGCUCGUCGAGAUCAUCCUCGAGGACAAGUGCAUCUUCAUGGUCUUUGAGUACGCCGAGCACGACCUGCUCCAAAUCAUCCACCACCACACGCAGCAGCCGCGCCACCCGAUCCCGGCGUCGACCAUCCGCAGCAUCAUGUUCCAGCUGCUCAACGGGAGCCAGUACCUGCACACCAACUGGGUGCUGCACCGCGACCUGAAGCCGGCCAACAUCAUGGUGACGUCGGCCGGGCAGGUCAAGAUUGGCGACUUGGGGCUGGCGCGCCUGUUCUACAAGCCCCUGCACUCGCUCUUUUCCGGCGAUAAGGUCGUCGUGACGAUCUGGUACCGCGCGCCCGAGCUGCUCCUGGGCUCCCGCCACUACACGCCGGCCAUUGACAUGUGGGCCAUUGGCUGCAUCUUUGCCGAGCUGCUGUCGCUGCGGCCCAUUUUCAAGGGCGAGGAGGCCAAGAUGGACUCCAAGAAGACGGUGCCCUUCCAGCGCAACCAGAUGCAAAAGAUUGUCGACAUCAUGGGCCUGCCCACCAAGGAGCGGUGGCCGCUGCUGGCCAACAUGCCCGAGUACCAGCAGCUGAGCACGCUCAGCAGCCACCAUCACCAGCACAGUCACCACGCAUCGUCGUCGUCGUCGUCGUCCGGCAACCUCGAAAAGUGGUACUACAGCACCAUCAGCCAGGGCCAGACAUCGGCGCCGCUGCCGCCGUCGGCCGCGGCCCAUGCCAACCCGUCGUCGCUGGCCAGCCUCGGCGCCAACGGCUUCUCGCUGCUCGCCGGCCUGCUCGAGUACGACCCCGAAAAGCGCCUGACGGCCGAGGCGGCGCUCGAGCACCCCUUUUUCACGAGCGGCGACGCGCUGCACAGCAACUGCUUCGAAGGCCUCAAGACCGAGUAUCCGCACCGGCGCGUCAGCCAGGACGACAACGACAUUCGCACGAGCAGCCUCCCCGGGACGAAGCGGAGCGGGCUGCCAGACGACUCUCUUGUGCGGGCAAGCAAACGGGUAAAGGAAUAA